AAGAGCCAGAGCUGAUACCACAGACUUCGACGAGUCACAUGAUUCCAGUCUAGAUCCUCGAUCGCACUGCGGCUCCCGCCCGGGAGAGUUCUCGCUUGCGCGCCGCCGUUGCUGAGGAGACGGCGCACGUCUCCCCGCGCGUUGCCCCCUCUGCAGUUCCCCCCGCCCCUCCUCUCCCACCACAAUGAGAUCCUAAGAUGGCGGUGGCUGCGGCGGUUGGGGCUGACUAGCCAAGGUAGAGAAGGCGGCCAUUGGGCCCUAGGCAGCCAGGGAACUUGUGGACGCUCCCUGCUGCGGUCUCUAAGGAAAGCUGCUGUCGGUGUCUGGUUGUGGGGGCUGACCGCUACUCCGCCCUUGGAGGAGCGGCUGCUUCGUUUACAGCAGGCAACAGCUUUGACGUGUGAAGCAGGAAAAGAGCUGAUUCUGAGCUUCAAAAACUAGUUUCUAAACAGAUAAAGUUAUCUCACCAUCUCCUCUUUCACUCAGUCCUCCAACCUGCGCAGUUCCACACCCAGUGGAAAUCCCAUCUUCCAUGAGAUAUGUAGAAGUCUUAUUUUCUCACGAUCAUCUCUGCUUCUGAAACUCUGCUUCUACCACUGCUGCUUCUGAGUCUCAUCUCUCUGACCCAGAAAGUUAUUGUUAAAGCCAGUAUGGCGACGGGAGGAGGUCCUUUUGAAGAAGGCAUGAAUGAUCAGGAUUUACCAAACUGGAGCAAUGAGAGUGUUGAUGACCGACUCAACAAUAUGGAUUGGGGUGGCCAACAGAAGAAGGCAAACAGAUCAUCAGAAAAGAAUAAGAAAAAGUUUGGUGUAGAAAGUGAUAAGAGAGUAACUAAUGACAUUUCUCCGGAGUCAUCACCAGGAGUUGGAAGGCGAAGGACAAAGACUCCACAUACGUUUCCACAUAGUAGAUAUAUGACUCAGAUGUCUGUUCCAGAGCAGGCAGAAUUAGAGAAACUUAAACAACGGAUAAACUUCAGUGAUUUAGAUCAGAGAAGCAUUGGCAGUGAUUCUCAAGGUAGAGCAACAGCUGCUAACAACAAACGUCAGCUUAGUGAGAACCGAAAGUCCUUCAACUUUUUGCCUAUGCAGAUUAAUACUAACAAGAGCAAAGAUGCUGCUGCAGGUCCUCAAAAGAGAGAAGUCAUUGGAUCAGCACAAUGUAAAGAGUUGUUUGCUUCUGCUUUAAGUAAUGACCUUUUGCAAAACUGUCAAGUCUCUGAAGAAGAUGGGAGAGGAGAGCCUGCAAUGGAAAGCAGCCAGAUUGUAAGCAGGCUUGUUCAGAUUCGUGACUAUAUUACUAAAGCUAGUUCCAUGAGGGAAGAUCUUGUAGAGAAAAAUGAAAGAUCCGCUAAUGUUGAGCGUCUUACUCAUCUAAUAGAUCACCUUAAAGAACAAGAAAAGUCGUAUAUGAAAUUUCUCCAAAAAAUUCUUGCUAGAGAAAAUGAGGAGGAGGAUGUUCGGACUAUAGAUUCAGCUGUGGGAUCUGGUUCUGUAGCUGAGAGCACAUCGCUAAACAUAGAUGUGCAGUCUGAAGCUUCAGAUACCACGGAGGCAUCUUUUAGUCUGAGAAUUCGGCCGUGCAUUGAGGACAAACUAGGGAAUUCAGCUUCACAAGAACAGGUUUCAGACAUUGACGUUACUACAAGUCCAAAAGGGAAAGUUGACAGACCUCCUCAGAAUGACAGGGAACUGAGGCCUAAUAGGAAAUAUAGCCGAAAACGUGGAUUUCCCUCAAAGGCCAGAGAUCCUCAGCAGGAGCCUAUGGAAGAGAUAGAAAAUUUGAAGAAACAACACGAUUUAUUAAAAAGGAUGUUACAGCAGCAGGAGCAACUGCGAGCUCUGCAGGGACGACAGGCUGCUCUUCUGGCUCUGCAACAUAAAGCAGAGCAAGCUAUUGCUGUGAUGGAUGAUUCAGAAAAGAUUGCAGGGACAACUCCUGGCCAUCAUACUGUACCGUGCAGCCAGCCAGCUCGCUCUCCUUUUCAUCAGAGAGUACCCUUAAGAGCUGUAGCAGAAACUUCAGGUAGCCUAUCUGGAGUCAGUAUCACAUCUGAAUUAAAUGAAGAAUUGAAUGAUUUAAUUCAACGUUUUCAUAAUCAGCUUCGUGAUUCUCAGUCUCCAGCUGUUCCAGAUAAUAGGAGACAAGCAGAAAGUCUUUCAUUAACUAGGGAGGUUUCUCAGAGCAGGAAUUCAUCAGUUUCAGAACAUUUACCUGAUGAGAAAGUCCAACUUUUUAGCAAAAUGAGAGUGUUACAAGAAAAGAAACAAAAAAUGGACAAACUGCUUGGGGAACUUCAUACACUUCGAGAUCAGCAUCUGAACAAUUCAUCAUUUGUGCCUUCUUCAGCCUCUCCACAAAGGAGUAUGGAUCAAAGAAGUAUUACUUCAGCUCCCUCGGCUUCUGUAGGCUUAGCACCAGUUGUCAAUGGAGAAUCCAGUGGCCUCACAUCAUCGGUUCCUUAUCCUGCUGCUUCUCUAGUUUCUCAGAAUGAGAGUGAAAAUGAAGGCCAUCUAAAUCCAACUGAAAAACUCCAGAAGUUAAAUGAAGUUCGAAAAAGAUUGAAUGAACUAAGAGAAUUAGUUCAUUAUUAUGAGCAAACAUCAGAUAUGAUGACAGAUGCUGUAAAUGAGAAUACAAAAGAUGAAGAAACUGAAGAGUCAGAAUAUGACUCUGAGCAUGAAAAUUCUGAACCUGUUACUAAUAUUCGAAAUCCACAAGUAGCUGCCACCUGGAAUGAAGUCAAUAGUAAUUCUAAUGCACAGUGUGUUUCUAAUAAUAGAGAUGGCAGAUCAAUUAAUUCUAAUUGUGAAAUUAACAACAGAUCUGCUGCCAACAUAAGGGCUUUAAAUGUACCUCCUUUAGCAGAUUGUCGAUAUAAUAGAGAAGGAGAACAGGGGAUUCAUGUUGCACAAGGUGAAGAUGAGGAGGAAGAGGAGGAAGAAGCAGAAGAUGAGGGAGUCAGUGGAGCUUCAUUAUCUAGUCAUAGGAGCAGUGUGGUUGACGAGGCUCCAGAAGAUGCUGAAUUUGAACAGAAGAUCAAUAGACUUAUGGCUGCAAAACAGAAACUUAGACAGUUACAAGAUCUUGUUGCUAUGGUACAGGAUGAUGAUGUAGCAGAUCAAGGAGUUAUUUCUGCCAGUACUUCAAAUGUGGAUGAUUUCUACCCAGCAGAAGAAGACACUAAACAAAAUGCAAAUAACACUAGAGGAAAUGCCAAUAAAAUACAGAAAGAUGCUGGAGUAAAUGAAAAGGCAAGAGAGAAAUUUUAUGAGGCUAAACUACAGCAGCAACAGAGAGAGCUCAAACAAUUGCAGGAAGAAAGAAAGAAACUGAUUAAGAUUCAAGAGAAAAUUCAAGCAUUGCAAAAGGCAUGUCCUGACCUACAGCUGUCAGCCACUAGUGCGGGUAAUUGUCCCACAAAAAUAUAUAUGCCAGCUGUUACUUCAACCCCAACUGUUAAUGAAAAUGUAACCAAUGCAAGCAAAUCUGUUUUUGAGCCGGAAGAUCCUUCAAUAGUAGAUAACGAGCUGUGGUCAGAAAUGCAAAGACAUGAAAUGUUAAGGGAAGAGCUGCGCCAGAGAAGAAAGCAGCUUGAAGCUCUGAUGGCUGAACAUCAGAGGAGGCAAGGUCUAGCUGAAACUGCAUCUCCAGUGGCUGUUUCACUGAGAAGUGAGGGAUCUGAAAACCUGUGUACUCCUCAACAAAGUAGAACAGAAAAAACAAUGGCAACUUGGGGAGGUUCUACCCAGUGUGCACUAGAUGAAGAAGGAGAUGAAGAUGGUUACCUUUCUGAAGGAGUCGUUCGGACAGAUGAAGAGGAGGAAGAAGAGGAGCAAGAUGCCAGUUCAAAUGAUAACUUUUCUAUGUAUCCUCCUAACAGCAUGAAUCAUAACUCUUACCGUUUAAAGGAAACUAAAAAUAGGUGGAAGAAUAGUCGCCCUUUUUCAGCAGAUGGAAAUUAUCGUCCUUUAGCCAAGACAAGACAACAGAAUAUCAGCAUGCAACGUCAGGAAAACCUUCGCUGGGUAUCAGAACUCUCUUAUGUAGAAGAGAAAGAGCAAUGGCAAGAACAAAUCAGUCAACUAAAGAAACAACUUGAUUUCAGUGUCAGUAUUUGUCAGACUUUGAUGCAAGACCAGCAGACUCUAUCUUGUCUGCUUCAAACUCUUCUCACGGGUCCUUACAGUGUUAUGCCCAGCAAUGUUGGCUCUCCUCAAGUACACCUUAUAAUGCACCAGUUGAAUCAGUGCUAUGCGCAGCUAACAUGGCAACAGAAUAAUGUACAGAGGUUGAAACAAAUGCUAAGUGAACUUACACGCCAACAAAAUCAGCAUCCAGAAAAACCUGGAAGCAAGGAAAGAGGCAGUAACGCAUCACAUCCUUCUUCUCCCAGUUUAUUUUGUCCUUUCACCUUUCCAACACAGCCUGUAAAUCUAUUUAACCUACCUGGGUUUACUAAUUUUUCAUCAUUUGCACCAGGUAUGAAUUUCAGCCCUUUAUUUCCUUCUAACUUUGGAGAUUUUUCUCAGAAUAUUUCUACACCCACUGAACAGCAGCAACCAUUAGCCCAGAAUUCUUCAGGAAAAACAGAAUAUAUGGCUUUUCCAAAACCUUUUGAAAGCAGUUCUUCUAUUGGACCAGAAAAACAAAGGAAUCAGAAACAGUCUGAAGAGGAAGUGGAAAACAGUAGGACACCAUGGUUAUAUGCCCAAGAAGGUGAAGUAGAAAAACCAUUUAUCAAGACUGGAUUUACAGUGUCUGUAGAGAAAACUACAAAUAGUAAUCGCAAAAAUCAGUUAGAUACCAACAGAAGACGCCAUUUUGAUGACGAGUCAUUAGAAAGCUUUAGCAGUAUGCCUGAUCCAGUAGAUCCAACAACAGUAACUAAAACAUUCAAGACAAGAAAAGCAUCUGCACAGGCCAGCCUGGCAUCUAAAGAUAAAACUCCUAAAUCAAAGAGUAAGAAGAGGCAUUCUACUCAGCUGAAAAGCAGAGUUAAAAAUAUUGGGUAUGAAAGUGCCAGUUUGUCUAGCACAUGUGAACCUUGCAAAAGUAGGAACAGACAUUCAGCCCAAACUGAAGAGCCUGUUCAAGCAAAAGUAUUCAGCAGAAAGAAUCAUGAGCAGCUGGAAAAAAUAAUAAAAUGUAGUAGGUCUACAGAAAUAUCUUCAGCACAUGCUAGGAGAAUACUACAGCAGUCUAACAGAAAUGCAUGCAAUGAAGCGCCAGGUAACAAAACUGGGAGUGAUUUUUCCAUGUUCGAAGCUUUGCGGGAUACUAUUUAUUCUGAAGUAGCUAUGUUAAUUUCUCAAAAUGAAUCUCGUCCACAUUUUCUUAUUGAACUUUUCCACGAGCUUCAGCUACUUAAUACAGACUACUUAAGACAGAGGGCUUUAUAUGCAUUGCAGGACAUAGUAUCCAGACAUAUUUCUGAGAACCAUGAAAAAGAAGGGGAAAAUGUAAAGUCAGUGAAUUCUGGUACUUGGAUAGCAUCAAACUCAGAACUUACUCCCAGCGAAAGCCUUGUUACUACUGAUGAUGAAACUUUUGAGAAGAACUUUGAGAGAGAAACACAUAAAAUAAGUGAGCAAAAUGAUGCUGAUAAUGCUAGCGUGCUGUCUGUAUCUUCAAAUUUUGAGCCUUUUGCUACAGAUGAUCUAGGUAACACUGUGAUUCACUUAGAUCAAGCAUUAGCCAGAAUGAGGGAAUAUGAGCGUAUAAAGACUGAGGCUGAAAAUAACACAAAUGUAAGAUGUACCUGCAGGAUUCUUGAUGAAGAUGCUGCUGCUGCCACAACUGCUGUUAAUAAUUUAGAAGAAACUCCUAUUGUUGAAAAUCAUAGUUCACAACAACCUAUAAGUGAAAUUUCUACUGUCCCAUGUCCUAGAAUUGAUACUCAGCAGCUGGACCGGCAAAUUAAAGCAAUUAUGAAAGAAGUCAUUCCCUUUUUGAAGGAACACAUGGAUGAAGUAUGUUCUUCUCAGCUUCUAACUUCAGUAAGACGCAUGGUGUUGACCCUGACCCAGCAAAAUGAUGAGAGUAAAGAGUUUGUAAAGUUCUUUCAUAAACAACUUGGAAGUAUAUUACAGGAUUCACUGGCAAAAUUUGCUGGCAGAAAAUUGAAAGACUGUGGAGAAGAUCUUCUUGUAGAGAUAUCUGAAGUAUUGUUUAAUGAGUUGGCUUUCUUUAAGCUCAUGCAAGAUUUGGAUAAUAAUAGUAUGACUGCUAAACAGAGAUGCAAAAGGAAAAUGGAAGCAGCUGGAGUGAUACAGUCUUAUGCCAAAGAGGCCAAAAGGAUUCUUGAAGGAGAUCAUAGCUCACCUGAUAGAGAAAUUGAUUGCAAAGACAAAGACAAGGAUGAGACUGAAACAGUUAAGCAGACUCAAACAUCUGAGGAAUAUGAUGAUGGUGAUGGUCCCAAAUAUGUGAAAUCUGAUGUUUCUGAUCAAGAGGAAGAUGAAGAAAGUGAAGAAUGUCCAGUGUCCAUUAAUUUGUCCAAAGCGGAAACUCAGGCUUUGAAUAAUUAUGGAAGUGGAGAAGAUGAGAAUGAAGAUGAAGAAAUAGAAGAAUUUGAAGAGGGACCGGUAGAUGUCCAGACUUCACUUCAGGCUAACACUGAAACUACGGAAGAAAAUGAACACGAUGAUCAGGCUCUACAACAGGACUUUGAAAAAUCAGCAGAAAGCAAAACUGUCCCAUCAGAACAAGAACCCCCUACUAAUAAAGAUAACCAAGAUAGCACUCCUGUGAAACCGUGUUACCUCAAUAUCUUGGAAAAUGAGCAACCUCUAAACAGUACUGUCCAAAAGGACUUGCUUACUACCAUUGAUUCAUCUGAACAGCCUAACACUUUGCCUUUACCUUUAACUGAAAUUGAAACCUUGGUGCCUAAAGUCAAAGAAGUUAAAUCUGCUCAGGAAACUCCUGAAAGCUCUCUGGCUGGAAGUCCUGAUACUGAAUCUCCAGUGUUAGUAAAUGACUAUGAAGCAGAAUCUGGUAACAUAAGUCAAAAAUCUGAUGAGGAAGACUUUGUGAAAGUUGAAGAUUUACCACUUAAACUGACAAUAUAUUCAGAGGCAGAUCUAAGGAAGAAAAUGGUAGAAGAAGAACAGAAAAACCAUUUAUCUGGUGAAAUAUUAUGUGAAAUGCAGACUGAAGAAUUAGCUGGGAAUUCUCAAACACUAAAAGAACCUGAAACAGUGGGAGCCCAAAGCACAUGAGAUGUCUUCAGAGGCUCAUCUAACUCUCUCUUCACAUAGUCAGUGCAUAUCUGAAAAUGGUUCUAAAUAAACAUCCGUUUUGAUCUGUAUAAAAAUGUAAAUUAGUUUGACACGGCAUUUUUGAUAGGUAUGCUAAUUCCUGCCCAUGGCAGUUUAAAACAUCAGAAACUAAAUUCUGAACAGAUUCAAGCCUUGUUACACUGUGGAGUUAUUUUUCUUUUCUUUUUUUGGUCUCGAUUUUUUUUCCCCAUUGUGAUGUUUGGUAACAUUGAAUUUAAAAUGUAGUUUUAAAUAAAGUUUGGAUUUAUCUGUAAAAUAUCUUUUUUGGGAAUUAUGUUGAAUCCUGUACAAUAAGUCACAAUUCUAUAUAAUUAGGCAGUUCAAAGAAGAGCAGUGAUCUAGAGUUAGAGAAAUAAUACACUAUUUAUUACAAAGCCCAGCAUUAGGCCAGGUUUCCACAAUAUGCCAAUGUUAACUGCUGUUGGGUCUAAUGUUCUUUUAGUCUUAUUCCUGUGCAAGAAUAGGGCAGAUUUUAAAGGUUUUCAGGAUCUCUGUGAAGUAAUUAUAGAUUAUAUAUUCAUACUCUAUUCAAAUUGGGUAAGUUUAGAACACAUUUCCUUAGUAUCUAGAACUUACAUAAUUAUUAGAUAAAUAUUUUCUAGAAUUUCAGUUCCUAUCUCUGUUGCCUACAUCUAAAAAUUUUAAAAGUUUUAUAUAAUUAGAGAGUAUUCCUGCACAGAUAAGUAACAUUGUGAUUAAUUUUAAAUGAAAAACUGAGCUCUUUCAAGUAGGGGUUAAUAGUGCCGAAUUUAUGUACCAGAACGUUAAGGUUCUGUAUGCCUUUGGACAGAUGUACCUUUAAAGAUAAUAGCUUAAGACCAGAGCAUAGUAAUUGCUUUGCAUGUAGUGAGAGAAAGCAGUUUGCAGAUAAAGUAUUGAGUAAUGGAAAUCUAUGUGACUUCUUCAUCACUAAGUCAGCUUUUAAAAGGUAUUUUACCUUUAGAUCCCAAACUUAACAUAUACCCAGUAAGGCUUCACAGAGCCAGUUAACAGUUAAGUCAACCUUCAGAUUCUUCCUUGAAUAAAAUAUAAAGAAUUAUCUUAAGUAUCUUUUAAAUUUGUUAAUAGUUGACCAAAAUACCUAUAAGAAAAGAAUUUGGUUGGGAUGCUUUUAAAAUUUCUUACCUGUCUGAUACUUCAGUGUAAAACUGUAAUGUCCAAUUAGGGAGUAUUAUAUGGGCAUUUCCCUAUGAUGACAUCUGCUGUACACCCAUCCCUCGAUUUACGUGGAUCAUCCAUUCCACGCAUCUUCUUUUUUACGUGGAAGAGAACCACAUAAAGAGUCCUCCAGUGCAAAAAAAAAAUAGGCCAAUAUAAGUCAUAAAAAUAUUUUACAUUUUCACAAAAAAAUGCUAAUGAAAAUUCAGAAAAACCAAAAUAAAUUUUUGCUGUUGGUAUCUGUACUGUCAUCUAAAGCAAUCAACCUCUUUUUAAUUGGCACAAAGUCACUAUCUUCAUUGCUCAAAUAUUUGGAAGUACUACUACGGUUUUGUUAUUUAUGUUAAUGUUUUUAGAUGGUCUUUUCUAACCCCAUCUAAGUUGCUAAGUUUUCAUAAAUUCUUCAAUAUUCACAGCAACAUUUAAAAAAAUCUUUUUGUUUGUCGGAUGUUUGGAUCAAUAUCUAGAAUUGCAGUUUCCAGUUUUGUGGCCAAUCGAAGAGCUUUUUAAUAUAUUCUGCAGUGAACGAAACUGGUUCAAGGUCACUACUGUAUUCAUUGGCAGGUUUGGACUCAGGUAUUAAGUGAAUUAAUUCAUUAUCAGUUAAUUCGUGAUCAACCAGUGAUUUGUUAAUAUCAUUUGUAUUCUAAUUGUUUGAGCCUUCUUGAAAUUUAUUUAGUAAGUUAAUAAUGGCAAUUAAUCCCACUUCAGUUGUUGGAACCGUAUUCCCUGGUACAACCACUUCUGGCCAUAUUGUUUUCCAGCAAGCACUUAAAGUUGAUGGCUUUAUAUCACUCAAAGCUAACGCAAUAUUCUUGAUACAACUUAAAAUUGUGCGUUUAUUCCAGGCUUCUGUAACUGUAAAGUGAUUCAUUAUCUUCAAAUUUAUUAAAAAUAUUAAUUAAACUGUUUAAUGUAGGUUAAUCUUAAAGGUGGAAAUAAUGCCUUGAUCUAAAGGUUGGAUCAAGGAAGUUGUAUUUGGUGGCAAAUAUACAACUUUUGUAUUUGGAUGUUCUAAAUUGUAUGGAUGACCAAGUGUGUUAUCUAAAAGUAUUUUAAAAGGAAGACGUUUUUCCUUCAUAUAAUUUUCAGCCUACAGCAAAAAACAUUUGUAAAACCAAUCUUGAAAAACAUCAGUAGUCACCCAUGCUUUUUUAUUUGCCAUACAAUAAACGGGAAGAUCAUUAAUAAUUGUGUUAGUUUUUUGUAUGUUGCUGAGUUAAGCUAUUUUUUUUAAAAAGAGUAAUCACCAAUAAUGGAAAUGAAAAAGAACCACAUAAAAUGAGACUACGUAAAUGGAAACCACAUAUAAAAAGCCUGCGCAAACAGGGGGAUAUUUACUGUAUAUAAAAAACUUGCAUUAAAAAAAUGACCAUGUAAGUCGCGGGACAGGUAUAUUGCUACACAUGUAAAUUAUGUGACAUAUAUCUCCAACUUUUAAUUCCAGAAUGAAGAAUUCUUAUCCAGCUAGUCUGACUUCAGGGAAACUGAAAUAAUAAGUUACAUUUUAUGUCUAUUCCAGUUCUAUAUUUGUUUUCUGGAUUGUACAGGAAGAGGGGAAACCUCAUUUUGGUACUCAAGUCAAGCCUUACAUAUUACAACUCUCUCUCUGCAUGCAUAUUAAAGAUUGAUACUGUGGAAGAGUUGUACUUCUGGUUAUUACUAUAGUACCUAUGAACCUUAUCAAACUUGCUUAUUUGACUUAUGUUAAUAGCUGCUAUAAUGUCUGUUUUAUAUUUUAAAGCUAAAUUGUUUUAAAAUUACCUAGGACUUGAGAGCAGAUAACUUUUCAUGUUUUCCCCUAGAAGCUAUUGCUAAAAGGUUAGGCAUUAAAUAUUUCCAUUUGUCUUAAUUUGUAAGUAAAAAAUUUUAUUAGAGAUAAGAGAGGGAGAAAAGGUCAAAAUAGGUGAGAGAGAACCCUACACAGGUUGAGAUAAUGCCUAAAAUAAUGAGCUCACCAGACUGUGCAGAUAUUCUUUGUAUUUUGUAAUAUUCACUUUGGAUAAAUGGUCUUUCGCUGUUAAUAAAUGUAUAUCCUGCAUAUGA